UCGGAAAAAAUAUAGGGCGCACAUUCCUAAACGACACAAGAGAUGGCAACACUGCCAUCUGCUGGCCAAAAAGGUCGCACUGUGGCGGCGAUAUGCUGAACUCAUUCUUCUGUGUACUUUAUGGACCAUAUGUAUGACAUAUAGUUAGGCAAAUACUAAUUUUACUUAUUUAUACUUAAUAAAAACGUGUGAAUUCCUUGACUUGGCAAGUUGAGCGUUCACGUGGGCGUGGUCUAACGAAGCAAGUCGUAUACGUUCAUAAGUCACAUGAUACGAAUGAACACCUUAACUUUUUCGUUUCUCUUUUUCAAUCGAUACGCGUGUUAAUCUCUUUAGAGCCUUGUGCCAGAUUCAAGCGUCUGGCAAAGUUUUGUAACAAGCUUAAAAGUGAUACGAUAAGAAGCCUUUCAGUUUAUUAGCGAGUUUGCUACGGAAGCCGUUUGCUUAGCAGUGGUUGCUAAGGGGUUAGCUUCAUUCAGGUGGCAGCUGUCGCUUGUUCUGUGACCGCCUCGUCCAAUAAGUCUUUGAGUGCGCGGUUUCCUCUCCCGCGUCAUGGCCAAAGUGCUCUCCGUAGAUACUUUGAGAAAACCCGCUGUUUUUUUACAUUCAAGAUGGUUCUGCUGGCCAUUAAGCAGGCGAAAAUACGGCAGCAAUGACGAGACUUCUUCCUCGUCGUCAUCACAGUAUUUGCACAGAAGCCUUGUGCCUACUAUGCACUACCAGAAGAGUUUACCAAGGUUGCCUGUGCCAAAACUUGAGGACACCAUCAGGAGGUACCUAGCCGCUCAACAGCCUCUCCUGGAUGACCAACAAUUCAGAAACACUGAAAGGGUGGCGCAGGACUUCCUGGCUGGUGAAGGAAAAAGGCUUCAAGAGGUGUUGCUGGCCCAAGACAGAAAAAACAAGCACACCAGCUAUAUUUCAGGCCCGUGGUUCGACAUGUACCUGUCGGCGCGUGAUCCGGUGGUGCUGAACUUCAACCCCUUCAUGUCGCUGAACGACGACCCUAAGACCGAGUACAACGGGCAGCUCGUGCGCGCCAGCAACAUGGUGUGCUCGGCCGUGCGCUUCAUGAAGACGCUGCGCGCUGGGCUGCUGGAGCCCGAAGUAUUCCACCUGGACCCAGCCCGCAGCGACACGGACGCCUUCAAGAAACUGAUCCGCUGGGCGCCCACCUCGCUUGCCUGGUACGGCGCCUACAUGCUCAAGGCCUUCCCGCUGGACAUGUCACAGUACUUCCGCCUUUUCAACUCCACGCGCGUCCCGCACCCCGGCCGGGACCAGCUCUUCACCGACCCCGCCGGGCGGCACCUGCUGGUCAUGAGGAAAGGCAACAUGUACGUCUUUGACGUGCUCGAUCCCGCCGGCAAAAUGCUGCCACCGGCUCGGAUACGCGACAACCUGAGCUACAUCUUGUCAGAUGGCACGCCGGCGCCUGACUUCCCGCUGGGGGCACUGACGGCGGAGAACCGUGACGUGUGGGCGGGGCUGAGGGACAAGCUGCUUGCCACUGGCAACGGUGAGGUCCUCAAGACCGUGGACAGCGCCCUCUUCUGCUUGUGCCUGGACGACGUCACGCUAAGAGACAGCGUGGACGCCUCGCACAACAUGCUGCACGGUGACGGCGUCAACAGAUGGUUUGACAAGUCGUUCAGCAUCAUUGUGGCCCGCGAUGGCCACGCCGCCAUCAACUUUGAGCACUCGUGGGGCGACGGCGUGGCCGUGCUGCGCUUUCUCAACGAAAUCUACAAAGACACCACUCAGAAGCCGCUCGUGCACCCCGACCAGGCUGCUGCUGGUGCUAGCUCGGCGUCAGAUGUGCGCCGGCUAAGCUUCCAGCUGGAUGACUCGUUGCGCGAUGGCAUCAAGAAGGCCAAAGCUGGAUUUGACGCCGCCGUGUCCCGGCUCACCAUCGACGCCAUGCAGUUUACAGGUGGUGGCAAGGAGCGUCUGAAGGCGGCCAAGCUGAGCCCGGAUGCGGUGGCACAGCUGUCCUUCCAGAUGGCCUUCCUGCGGCAGUACGGCCAGACGGUGGCUACCUACGAGUCAUGCAGCACGGCCGCCUUCAGGCACGGCCGCACCGAAACCAUUCGACCCGCCAGUGCCUUCACCAAGCGCUGCGCUCACGCAUUCGUCAACGAGCCGGCCCGACACGCCGCCAGCGAAUUGCUGGACAUGUUGCGCCACUGCUCGGACUAUCACAGCCAACUCACCAAGGAGGCUGCCAUGGGCCAAGGUUUCGACCGGCACCUGUUCGCCCUGCGCUGCCUGUCAGCAGAGGCCUGGCGUCCGCCGCAUGACCUCUACGCCGACCCCGCCUACGCUGCCAUCAACCACAACAUCCUGUCCACCAGCACACUGUCCAGUUCAGCUGUGCGCCUGGGCGGCUUUGCUCCGGUGGUACCUGACGGCCUGGGUGUGGGCUACGGUGUCCACGACAACUGGAUCGGCUGCAACGUCAGCGGCUACCCGGCUCGGGACGUCCCGGGUUUCCUGCGCUGCGUGCACCGAUCCUUGGAGGACAUCUUCAAUGUCUUGGACGGGAAGGCGCUCAACUGACAGCGUCUGGGCCACUCGCCUGUAGCAUUAAGUGGAAAUCAUGUGAUUGUACGUCAAGUCACACGACUGGGAAAUCAUCACAUUGUCAUGGUUACUGGUUACUAUCGUGUCAUUGAAUUUGUGUCAGUAAAAUGUAUUUGUAUAGCAGAUGGACGAGCAAAAAAUUGGGGGAAAAAAAAAAGGAGUCAAGAAUUUUGGUCAUGCAGUUUCCCCAAAAUGUCGUAUGUUCAACAUUACAUUACCGUAUUUUCCGCACUAUUUUGAAAUGAAAUAGCCUCGCGGGUAUAAAAACUAUUUGGUGACGCUUCCUGACUACAGUUGCCGUAAUGUUGGGAAGCGAUGCAACCUUGUAAUUUACUAGUCGUACUAAAACGUACUGAAACAUUUUGGCAGAGCAGUGUACAACCAGUAUGGAUUAACAAAUUCAUCAAUUGAUUCAUAUAUAAGGCGCUUUGCAUUAUAAGGCGCACAGUUUUUUUUUAGUAAAAUGUAAGUUUUUAGGUGCGCCUAAUAGUGCGGAAAAUAUGGUAAUUGGAAUUUGGAGGGAAAAGGCCUUUACAUAUUCAAGAAAAAAAAUAGCCGGAGAGUAGUCUACUGUUUUGGGGGAAAAUUGGUGACCAUUUGAGGAAAAAAAAACUCUUUACAUAGUAUUUCAAGGAAAAAGUUUAAUUUGGGAGUUAAGUGUUUCCCACAAUGAGUCAGUUUGGAUUAGCCGUAAACUGGAAAAAUGAAAAUUUGAGAAAAAGUUGUGUUCAAUUGUACACUAGAAAACUAAAAAGAAAAUUAUGACAGAA